GGAGGGAGAGCGAGGUGGCCAACGACUGCUUCAGCCUUGCGAAAAGAGCGGAGAGAGAACAAGAAGAAGAGAGCAGCCAAAUAAAGGAAAAAAAGAAGAAAUUAAUCGAGCUUCUGAAAUCUCCUCCGCUCUAAAAUCCCCCCAUAUAUUUGAUUUUAUCUUCCUUGCCUAACGGAUCUCAGAGAGAGAGUCCCCUCUAGCUUCUCUUGUGUUCCACUCCAGAUCUUCUUAUCCGAUGAUCUCCGCUGCUAUGCGGGCUCCGAGUAAACUUGUACUCGAUCAAUAGCUUACACAGCAUCGUGGCUAUUCUGUGGGUUUUGCAUAAUGUUUUGUAUUUUGAUCUCUGAUGGUUGCAGCCAAUACGAUUAGAAGGAAUGGUGAUGAUUAGACUAUUGUUAUGAGAAGCACGAAAUGAAGAUAUCUCAGGCGUGGCAGCUAGGCAUUUGGGACAAAUAUAAAAUGCCGGUGCCGCGCCAUAGACCCACCUCAAGAAGGCCUAUAUGGAUAAUUGUUUUAAUAUCUUUGGUUUGCGUCUCAUUGAUAGGGGCUUACAUCUAUCCACCCCAGCAUUAUCCAGCUUGCUACUUCUUUACUUCUAGUGUUUGCACUCCUUUUAAGGACUGGUUUCCUGCUAUGCCUACUCGGCCACUUACUGACGAUGAGAUGGCUUCUCGUGUUGUCACUAAAGACAUCCUUUCAUUGCCGUCUGUUCAGUCGAAGAAUCCCAAAAUUGCUUUCAUGUUCUUGACACCAGGAUCAUUGCCCUUUGAAAGGCUGUGGGAGAAAUUUUUCCUGGGCCAUGAGGGGAGAUUCUCCAUCUAUGUACAUGCAUCAAGGGAAAAUCCAGAACAUGCGAGUCCCUUAUUUGUUGGUCGAGAGAUUCGAAGUGAAAAGGUGGUCUGGGGGAAGAUUUCUAUGGUUGAUGCAGAGAAGAGGCUAUUGGCAAAUGCACUCCAGGACACUGAAAAUCAGCAUUUUGUUUUGCUUUCUGACAGUUGUGUUCCACUACAUAAUUUUGAUUAUGUGUAUAAUUAUCUGAUGGGAACAAACAUCAGCUUUAUUGACUGCUUUCAGGAUCCUGGCCCACAUGGUAAUGGAAGGUACUCGGAGCAUAUGUUGCCUGAGGUUGAAGAAAGGGACUUUAGAAAGGGUGCACAGUGGUUCUCAGUCAAGCGGCAGCAUGCUUUGUUAAUUUUAGCAGACAACCUUUACUACACAAAAUUCAAGCUUUAUUGCAGGCCAAAUAUGGAUGGUCGCAAUUGCUAUGCUGAUGAACAUUACUUGCCAACCCUUUUCCAUAUGGUUGAUCCUUCUGGAAUUGCCAAUUGGUCAGUGACACAUGUAGAUUGGUCUGAAGGAAAGUGGCACCCAAAAGCAUAUCGGGCUCGAGAUGUUACUUAUGAACUCCUGAAGAAUAUAACAUCUAUUGAUGAGAAUUAUCAUGUGACAAGUGAUGAGAAGAAAGUGGGAACAUGGAGACCUUGUUUGUGGAAUGGGGAGAAAAGACCGUGCUAUUUAUUUGCUAGGAAAUUUUAUCCUGAAGCUCUUGAUAAUCUGAUGCAUUUAUUCUCCAACUAUACAGCUAUCUGAGUAAUCCAUAUGUUUAUCAACCAUUCUUUGGUGAUGCAAGCAUCUGCUUCUGAUCUCUGCUGCUCACCCUUCAGCCUUUAUUUUUUAUAGCGAUCUUGUAAAUUGAGAAACCACGAGAAGCUCUCCCAAUGCAUUCUAGUUAUGAUUCUUGACAUAUGGGAGGAGUUUUUUGAGUUAAUUUAGAUUCCUGUGUCUCCAAGUAGGGCUAAAGUGGCUGUCUCUUAAUUGGUGCGCUAUGCCAUCUCUGAGGUAGCUUGUUCUUGUAUUUUCUUGCUUUGUUUUGUUUAGUUUUCUCUUUCAGUUCGCAUGAUUAUUAAUGAUUCUGCCUUUUGAACAGCAAUUUUUUCUGUUUAACUGUUGUAAGAUGAUCCAUUUUUUGUAGAGAUGAAGAAAGUCUAUAAAUCACA